AAGACUCUCUAGGCAGCCGGCGGCUCGGUGGUGACGGUGGCCUAGGUGGCUGCGGGUCUGAACGGUGGCGGGAGCUGUUGGCCAGGCGUGCUAGCUUCUGGACUCUCGGGUGUUCUUCUUGGGGCUAGGCUGGAAAGGGCUUUGAGGGGUCGGACGUCACCUCAAAGGCAGGGGCCUGGCGCCCGGGGCUCCCCUGUCCGACAAGCCCCUGUGCGACGAGCGAGCUGGUGAGCUGGGUGGCGCAAUCGCGCGUUUUGUGGCUGGCCAGGUUUUCAGAGACCUUCCGGAAGAGGAGCAUCCUCUCUGAGCCGACCGAACAGUGGACCAUCCAUGCCUCUCCUAACCCAAUACAAUGAGGAUGAGUACGAACAGUACUGCUUAGUGGCCAGCCUUGACAACGUUAGGAAUCUCUCCACUGUCUUGAAAGCUAUUCAUUUCAAAGACCACGCCACGUGUUUUGCUACUAAAAACGGAAUCAAGGUUACAGUGGAGAAUGCAAAGUGUGUGCAGGCAAAUGCCUUUAUUCAGGCUGAUGUGUUUCAAGAAUUUAUCAUUCAGCAAGAGUCUGUUACUUUUCGAAUUCACUUAACUAUCCUUCUAGACUGUUUAUCUAUUUUUGGAUCAAGUCCUACACCAGGGACUUUAACUGCACUUCGGAUGUGUUACCAAGGUUAUGGUCACCCACUGAUGCUGUUUCUAGAAGAAGGAGGAGUGGUGACAGUCUGUAAAAUUACCACUCAGGAGCCUGAGGAGACGCUGGAUUUUGAUUUCUGCAGUACCAAUGUUAUGAAUAAAAUUAUCCUGCAGUCAGAGGGGCUCCGGGAAGCCUUCUCUGAGUUGGACAUGACAGGUGAUGUCCUACAGAUCACCGUGUCUCCUGACAAGCCCUAUUUCAGGUUGUCUACUUUUGGAAACGCAGGAAACUCCCAUCUUGACUAUCCCAAAGACUCUGACUUGGUGGAAGCGUUUCAGUGCAACAAGACUCAGGUCAACAGAUACAAACUCUCUUUACUGAAGCCCUCUACAAAGGCAUUAGCUUUGUCAUGUAAAGUGUCUAUUAGGACAGAUAAUCGAGGAUUCCUCUCAUUACAGUACAUGAUUAGAAAUGAAGAUGGACAAGUAUGUUUUGUGGAAUAUUACUGCUGCCCUGAUGAAGAAGUCCCCGAGUCCUGAAUAGUUCACUGUGAAUGUUUGUGUCUGUAUAGUUGGUGUUCUCACUCUGACUGUGUAAUCUUGAUGAUCUCACAUUAGAUUGUAUAUGGAGAGGCAUGGAGAAGAUAGGAGCAAGGUCCCAUUCUGUAAAUAGUUUCUAUUUUGUCAAUAAAUUUUUCAUAUAGCCAUAAAUUA